AUGGCUGUUGAGCUCGCUUGCAUAUUCUUCAGGGGCUCAGCAGCACCCACCUUCCCCGUGUCCCUAUCUCAAACAAUUACGGCUGUCGGCAAGAAGAAUACACGUUCUUCUCGUGCAUCGCAACAUGCUGCUGCGAGCCCCAAGCACGAUAGCCGGCCAAAUCCGACGCACUCGCUCUCGCUCUCCUCAUCGCAAAGCAACUCAGUGACCGAGAGAGGCAGCGGUCGUCACCCACCCCGCGAUCGCGACGAAUACUACGACAACGAAGCACGAUGGAAAGAGCACAACAAUGAAUUUCAUAUUGACAGGGUGCUCCUUUUCUCGCCUCUUCCUGACUCUCAUAAACAUGAUGCCCUCAAACGCCGAAUACGACAAUUUCGCCUCUCGUAUUUGCAAAGGCAACAAUCAGGACCAGCUGGGCAACGGAUGAACCGCAGGAUCGAGUCCGGGUUACCGUUUUUAACUGCCUAUGAUCGCGCUUUCUAGAAAAGAUUUUCAAUCGCUGGUUAUCAAGGCUUCGCUGUAUAGCAGCCAACGUAUUGUAUAAUGCUCCUAUGAUCCCUUGUCUUUUUUCAAGCCUUACUGACUUUCCCUUGUUCAUCUAGCUGUCCCGCCGCAGCGUAUCCCAUCCUGGAACGAACCAGAAGAGUCCUAUACUUCGACUACUACUCAGACUAAUACCCCAACAUCUCAUGAGAUGUUCUCAUGAGAGAAGUGAUCUACCUCGACCGU